AUUUUGUGUUUCUUUAUGUUUAACAGAUUAUUGGCUUGAACAAUGUACCCCUUGCUGGUGACGAAUUUGAGUCUGUUGAUGACCUUGAUGUUGCACGUGAAAGGGCAAAUGCGCGUGCCGAUGCAAUGAGAAUUGAAAGGAUAAAUGCGAAAGCUGGGGAAGGAAAAGUCACUCUCUCAUCCAUUGCAGCUUCCAUUUCAUCUGGGAAUCAAGUAGGGAUUGAUACUCAUGGGUUAAAUGUCAUACUUAAAGUUGAUUUUCAGGGUUCAAUUGAGGCCAUUAGGCAAGCCAUUCAAGCGCUGCCUCAAGAAAAUGUCUCUUUGAGAUUCCUACUUCAAGCUCCAGGAGACGUUAGCCUCAGUGAUGUUGAUCUGGCUGUUGCUUCGGAAGGAAUUGUAUUUGGUUUUAAUGUCAAAGCUCCGGGGUCAGUUAAGAAAUAUGCUAAGCAGAAAAGUGUAGAGAUUCGAUUGUACAAAGUGAUCUAUGAUUUGAUAGAUGAUUUACGCAAUGCCAUGGAAGGGCUUCUUGACCUUGCUGAGGAGGAGGUACCACUCGGUUCAGCCAAAGUUCGAGCUGUUUUCAGUAGUGGCAGUGGAAAGGCAGCGGGUUGCAUGGUUACUACAGGGAAAGUUGUGGAAGGCUGCAAUGUUCGGGUUCUUCAUAAAGGAAAAGAAGUUUAUGUGGGUACACUUGAUUCCUUGAGACGGGUGAAAGAAACUGUGAAGGAGGUUGGUGCAGGGCUAGAAUGUGGUAUUGGGGUAGAUGACUUCGACGAUUGGGAGGAAGGUGACGUCCUUGAGGCAUUCAACACCGUGAAGAAGGCAAGAACGCUCGAGGAAGCCUCUGCGACUGUGACUGCUGCUCUCAAGGGUGCAGGCGUCCAGGUGUAGAUGUUGCAAAGCUGAUAAGCGAGUAACAACUGCAGCAGCCAUUUUUUCUUUCGGCGUCGAAGCUGGAGUGCGUUGGCCACAUUCCCUAAGAAUGACAGUCAGGUACUUGAAAGACAGAACCUAUACAUGCCACAUGACGUGCCUGCGUUGCUGCCGGGAGCCUGCCUGUGCUGGACCGUAUUGUAUCCGCCUCUCAAAGCUGCAUGUGCUACUGUAUGUUGAUGUACAUAGAGAAGAUUACAUCUGCUA